AUCUACCAUGUCUAUGAUAUCUACCAUAACAUGCGGGCGUAGUUUGUACUAGCUAUCGGCUACAACAUGUAUUAUUGGAGCUACCUAGCAUCGCGUUUGCUCGGCGUCACAACUUUGCCUCCUCCCUACUCCUGCUCUGCUCUGUCGUCUCGUGGAUGAAGCUGAACUUCUAACUGUCCCUGAUGGCUGGAAAGAGCAACCUUUCACUAAAGAAGACAAUCCUCGCGGAAUGCUGGAGGAGAGCAGCUUCGCCACCCUCUUCCCAAAAUACAGAGAAUCCUACCUAAAAGAUUGCUGGCCGCUGGUGGAGAAAGCUUUGGGGGAAAUGUAUAUUAAAGCCACACUGGACCUAAUUGAAGGAAGCAUGACUGUUUGCACCACAAGAAAAACCUUUGACCCCUACUCCAUCAUCAGAGCCAGGGAUCUCAUCAAGCUGCUCGCCCGCAGCGUUCCAUUUGAACAGGCUGUACGGAUAUUACAAGACGACAUGGCAUGUGACAUAAUAAAAGUAGGAACCCUGGUGAGGAACAGAGACCGAUUUGUGAAGCGAAGACAACGUCUUAUCGGACCUAAAGGUUCCACUUUAAAAGCUUUAGAACUCUUGACCAAUUGCUACGUGAUGGUUCAAGGCAACACCGUGUCUGCUUUGGGACCCUACAAUGGCUUAAAGGAGGUGCGUAAAGUUGUCAUGGACACGAUGAAAAACGUCCACCCCAUCUACAACAUAAAGACCCUGAUGAUCAAACGGGAACUGUCCAAAGACCCCGAGCUCCGCGUGCAGAACUGGGAGCGCUUCCUACCCAAGUUCCGACACAAGAACCUGGCCAAGCGCAAGGAGCCCAAGAAGAAGAGUGUAAAGAAAGAGUACACUCCUUUCCCGCCACAACAGCCGGAAAGCCAGGUCGACAAGGAACUGGCCUCGGGUGAAUUCUUCCUUCGAGAGAGCGUGAAAAAAAGGAAGAAGAUGGAAGAGAUAAAGGUGAAGCAAGCCGAGGCGCUGACUAAGAAACAGCAGCAGAGGAAUAAAGCAUUUAUUCCUCCGAAGGAGAAACCCCUACCGACACAGACUAAAGCGCCGGUGGAAAGCAAGCUAGACAUCAACGCCAUAAAGGAGAAAGUGAAAAAGGCUAAAACCAAGAAACUGGGAGCUCCGCCAGUGAAUCCGACGCCUGCCGCCAACACCUCUUCAGACAAAAAGAAGAAAAUGAAGAGCAAAAGCUGAGCAGGACAUGUUUUUCAUGUGAUGUUUGUUGGACUUUGACCCGUAAAAUUGUACAGGUUUUCUAUAGUGUUUAUAACUGAGAUCUAUUCCUCUUUUCUGUGAACCACUUUUAUUAAAUGAAUAAAGCUGUCUUUUGUUCAGAUUUAUAUAGUGUUUUGUUUCACAAUUCACUCUUGUGUGCAUGAAGCGGUGCCUUUUCCAGGAUGAGGCUAACAAACUCGUGUUUCUCCAAGCAC